UUCGCUUCGGCUGCCCAAAAGAGCGAACUGCGCCGCUAUCGGGAAAACUGUCUGGUCACCUGAGAUGUACAUGGAUGACUGGUCAAAACCCAGGGUUGUAUGUCAAGGGGGCGUCCCACCUCAUGUGGCAGCACAGAGCCAGGCUGUGGGUUACCUGGGGCAGAAUGUCACCCUCAGCUGCUCGCUGCGGGCGGCCGAGCAGCCCAUGACCGUGGUCCAGCUAUCCUGGGAGCGAGGGGGAAGAGCCGUGGCUGUUUUUAACCCCAUUUUUGGCACCAGCUAUCCCACCGGCGACUGGGGCGGGAGACUGUUGCUGUGGAACAGGUCCGGCGGGCUGUGGGAGACCUCGCUAUCCAUCGCCAGGAGCCGACUCGGGGACAGCGGCAACUACAGCUGCAUCUUCACCAUCUUCCCUGACGGGACACUUCAGGAGCAGGUGUCCCUGACCAUUGAAGAGCUGGUGGAGAUCCCUGUAACACGGCCCUUAUCACUGGACUGCCUGGAUCCUGACUGGAGCACUACCAGAACCUGGGCCUGGAACACUAGCUCCCAUAGAACUGUGCUCUGGUACAGGCUGGGUCCUGCAGGGUCUGACAGGGAACUGGUUCUGGAGGUCCAGUUUGAGGGCAGUUCGACUUGGUGCAGAGGAGAUCUGCUAGCACACAUAACAGGCUGCACUAUGGAACUGGUCCCCAAUGGGACCAGAGGGUCGAGGAGAUAUGAGCACCCGAUGUGGACUCCUUCUCCAGCUCAGGCAGGCCGGUACCGUUGCGAGUGGACUAACGGAACUUACCUCUUCCACAGGACUUUUCAUCUCAAGGUCAAAGAAUCUGCCCAGAGGCAUCACCGCAGCCAUGCCACCACAGCCCUGGUCCUGGCUGUGCUGGGCAUCACCAUAGCGCUGGCUGUGCUGGGACUGGUGAUUCGCAGCAGGAGAGGUCAUUGGCAUUCUGGUCAGCAGCCCAUAAGGUACCGAAUUGAUGUCACUCAGUUCCGGAUUCUUUGUGCUUGGUGUCCUCAGACUCGGCAGAUUGUGUACUCCACGAUCUGGGUGUCCCCGCCACUUGUCCCUGAGGCGACGGAGGCCGACAGGAGAGAAGAAGACCCUGUGUAUGUGAACCUGGUGCAUCGGAAUGCGGAGCAAGCUGUGUACAGUGAGGUCCGGACAGGAGCACAGAGGGAAGGAGAUCAGUGAUGACCCUCCACCUAGGAGCCAUGCUCAGCAAAGCCCUGGUGCUUACUGGCUGUACCACCGCUGUGGUGGGGGGGCUGGAAACGUUAAAUGUCGAGCAGGAUUUCUAAAUCCUCCCACAUUGACGCCCCUAACCCCACCAGAAUUACUAUACUGUGUCAUUAAAGUACACUCACACGACACAGUCUAGGGAAUGGCUGGGAUCAUGGCCAAGAUGGACACCUGUGCAGUCUCGCAGUCAGAAUGUUUUGGGGAGCAUACACUGUGUUUAUUUACAGACGAGCUCUUGCUUGUAUACAAACUUCAAGAAAGGCAAUGAUUUGAUGAUGGUCCCUUAGCAGCAAGAAGUUAAGAGCUGGUGCUCCAUGUCCAAAUCUGUGCAAACUCCAAUAAAGGAUCUACACAA